UUAUGCGGAAUUAUUGGAAGUAAUUUUAGCAAAAGAGUAUGGUCAUACAAAGGUUUUUAGGAAAAUUAAUUUUCCGUUUUCAGAAAAACAACAGGCAGAAAAGAUUUUAUUCGAAGCUUUGAAUAUUAUUGUAACUGAGGGUGGUGAACAAGCCUCAAAAGUUCUUUACAUACUUGACAAAUUUGAUGCACACAUCAAUUCCAACGAUGUUAAAAGCUUUUGGGAAGAUGUCCGAUUGCAAAAUGUACAAGUUAAAACUCGUAGUAAUCAAUUGAUAUUAACUGGAAAAAAAAGGGGAGUACACUGCACUAUUCACUUCAAAAUGAUGAUAUUUUCAUUUACAUUUUUCUUUAUGGAAAAGCCAGAAACAACAUUUCAUACAAGUCGAAUCUAA